CAUCUAUAAUACUACAGUACGUAUGGCAUCGGGUCCGCCAUUCCUACUACCAGGGAUCGCCAGGGUCUUCGUCUGCCCGUCUCGCUGCACGCCCAUCCUUUCGCCCUGCCUGUCGGUCUGCCUGUCGGCUCGCGCGGUAGGGCAGUUUGUUGCGAGGACCGAUGGCCGCCGGCCUAGGUAUAUCUCCCGACCUAGCGCUGCCUUUACUCAUCCUCCUCCUCCUCCUCCGACCCACUUCCUGGUCCCAGAGGAAGAACCAACACAGUCGACUGAGGAACGAAUACUCCGGUUGCUGUGCCGCCCUGCGCAGUCGACAGCCCCUGGACCUGUAUAUGACCUUGCUUAAUGCCGUAUCUACUGCCGGAGAGAGAAGGAAGGGGGAAAAAAAGAGGGAAAUGGACCCGAACUUCUCCCGCGGCGCCGGGAUCUUCCCAGGAACGAGCGGGGGCAGAGCUUCAGGACAAGUCCCUUCGAGUCUUGCCGGCAGGAGUUUACGAGAGGGCCGUCCCGUCGCUCAUGUACGCCACAGACAAUUUGGUGGCGACUAUUUUCUGGCCGGAGGGCAUCGGUUCAGCUCGUCGUCCUCGGCCACAGCUGGUCAACUGCGCUGUAGAAGACCCGCGACUCCUGCGGGGAGGACAUCUACAGGUGAGGAGGGAGAGAAGGGGGAAUGGCCCCCCUAGAUACACCGAGGUGUGAUUGAUAGUACACGUCAAAUCGGGCAAUUUUAUAUCCUGCCAGCGCGUUGCCGGAUUCGAUUAGCUCCCGCUUGUCUAUCAGCAAAUUAGCCUAGCCUACCUAGCCUAUUCCUUCU